AUGAAAGCCAUUCACACGAUUGAGAAGCUGACAGACAACAUCACGGAGAAGUGCUUCCUGCCUUGUGUGGGGAAGGCGGCCGAGCUGCUAGCUCACAGACCAGGCAAGGGGGCGAGCUGCACUGAGCAUGUCUCAGAGGAGGGGACCACAUUAUGCAAAGAGACUGCAACAGCAGAUGGGAGAAUCUCCAGCACUGAGCUCGCGUUUGUUCUCUCCGCAUCCCCGGGCGCAGCAGCAGCAGAUGCUGGAGGCUGCAGGCGGGACAUUGGCCAUGGCUUAAGGGCGAAGGGCUGCUGGCCAUUCGCUAACAUGGGCAACCAGGACGGCAAGCUGAGGAAGGCGGCUGCGGCGGGAGCUGGGGAUGGCCAGGAAUGGGCGGAGGAUGCUCUCCCACGGGAUGCUGCGGAGAGCGCCAAGGGCAGGAAAUCUCACUCCAAGCACGGCAAGGGGGGCGAGGGCAGGAAGAAGAAAUCCGAGUCCUCCCGCUCGGUCUUCUCCAUCAGGAAGAGAAAAGCCCCGGCGCGGGGUAAAAAUGAGGCCUGCGGCUCCCGGGAUGAUGCUGAUGCUGAGGGGCUGGCCAGGCGGGCCCUUGCGUGCGAGGAGCUGGACAGCGUCCACUCGGCCACAAAGACUCCGGACAUCAGCAUCUCGGCGGAUGAUGAAGGGGGGCUGACCGACACCGAGGCCGAGCAGCUGGACAUCCGAGCCGGGGAGAGCUUGCGGGCCGGCUCCGUGCUCCGGGACGCCGGGCAGCGCGGGCUGCUGAGCUCCAGCUCGGACACGGACGGCUACAGCUUCCACUCGGCGGCGGAACACGAGGACCUGCUGUCGGACAUCCAGCACGCCAUCGGGCUGCAGCUCAGCCCCUUCCCGGCGGAGAGGCAGCCCCCGCGGGGGCUGGAGGAACCAUCAGAGGCUGUUGCUAGUCCGCGCCCAGGUGGAGAGGAUGCCGCCGCCAGGGGGCGUGGCUCUUCCCCAGGGCUCUCCCCUGUUCAGAGCCUGGGGGGAGAUGCAGAGAGGCAGAGGGGGGUUUCCAUGGAAACUGCUUCCGAGGUACCGGCAGCUCCUGCCUCCAUCAAUGGAGUGGAGCAUCUUCCAGCCUGCCCCACAGAUGGGUCCACUUCAGCCUUGACAGAUGCUGAUCAGAGCGAGCUGCAGGAGGAGGACGGGGGCGACCUGAUGCCAUCUGAUGCUGAAGUCUUCCUUGAUGCCGUCCAUAGUGCCCGCCGCAUCCUCUUCCCCACCCCGAACACUGACCCACUCCGGCAGCACAAACCCUUCCCGGGCUCAUCACCGGCCGUGGUCAGGCCAUACCCACCAGUUAAUGCCAUCUUCGUGAGGACCACCACCAGGCAACUGAGCUCCCCAAGCCAUUCGCCCUCAGCGUCCCCAUCGCAGAGUCCCCUGUUCCAGAGGCGGCGCCGAGGUGCUGACCUGAAGCGGAGCAGCGGACAGCGCCGGCAGCAGAGGCUGCCCAGCACCAGGGGUUCACUCAGCCGCUCCGCUGACUGGACUGAGGAGGUGAAACCACGCAGGGAAGGGGCUAUCAAGAAGGCAGGCUCCGUGGAUACUUUACAACAGUCCGAAUCCCCUGCAACUCCAUUUGUGGGACCUGUAAAGAGACCUUCUCUCUCUGCCAGCAGCUACCCUGAGAUCUUCACUGGGAGAACCUUGUUGGAGAAGCUUUUUGGACAGCAGGAGAAAGUGCAGCUUGAUGGUGAGCAUGAAGCAGAGAAACUUUGCUCUCGUAUUCUGGCCAUGGGUUUGCUCCUUCCAUUCGGGGACUGCUUCAGGGAACAAUUUUGUGGAGAUAUGCCACCACCCGCCACCAAGUUUGAUCAAGACAAGCUGUACACGUGGGCAGCAGUCAGCCAACCGACCCAGUCACGAGACCACGUGGAAGGUCGCAUCCCUGGGAAAAUUCAGGCUGUGUGGCCACCUGCCAAGCCCUGGACAGAGGGAAACCUGAAGUCUGCAGAAACUGUGAAUGAUUCUAAAUGCUGUUGCCAGUUUGUGUUGACUCAGGACAACUGCUGUCUUGUUACAGAGAAUCACGAUGCUGUUCUAAGUUUGAAGAGAAUACAGAAAGAGGAACUACGCACUAUACAAAAAGAUAAUGAAGAAAAAGCACCAGAAUUGAAGGAGGAGCAGGUUGCUGUUAUCCAGAAACUUGAGCUCACAAUUGAACAGCUGAGGACCAAAAUAGCUGAACUGGAGAAGCAUUCUGCUUUGUUAGACCAGGAGAGGACUCUAAAGGACCAUGGAUCUGCUAGUGAGGAUGUAGUCUCAACAAUUGCUUCUGGCGUUUGUCCUCAAACAGAUGCGCAGAAUUUUCUUCUGCACAACUCUCAAACUUUCUACGUUGAUGCUAAAUCUGUACAGACUUCUCCUGCUGAAGAAUAUACAACUGAUCAAGUGCCUUUAUUUGAUAGCCAGUCAUCACAACCUCCAAGUCUAGACUGUAGGGUUUCUUUGUCUCAGGAUCAUUCUGUAUCUGGAGCUCUCUCACCGCCAAAAGCUCCAACGUAUCCACACAGUACUUUGUCACAACAGUUGGUGCCUCCUUCAAGUGAAACAUCCAUUUCAGUGUCUACUCCAUUGGUUCAAAACAGCGCAGUGUUUUCACAGCAGUUUAUAUCCAAUCAAGGCUCUCUGUCUCUGUCUGACAGUGAAACUCUGCUAUCAUCACCGUCUGAUAGCUCGACUCUGCCUGCCCCGAUCAGUUGUGAGCUUCCACCUUCACUACCAGAACCUGAAACUCUUCCCCCUCCUCCUCUGCCAGGGUCAGCUUUACCCACACCCCCUCCACUACCCCCUUCUCCUCUCCGAGGAUCGGUGUUACCCCCUCCUCCACCCCCUCUGCCGGGGUCAGCCUUACCUGCUCCCCCUCCUCCACCCCCUCUCCCAGGCUCGGACUUACCAUCUCCCCCACCACCUCCCCCUCUGCCUGGAUCUGCGUUACCCAUUCCCCCGCCCCCUCCACCUCUACUGGAGUCUGCCUUACCUAUUCCCCCGCCCCCUCCCCCUCUACCAGGGUCUGCGUUACCCAUUCCCCCGCCCCCUCCCCCUCUACCGGGGUCUGCAUUACCCAUUCCUCCACCUCCCCCACCUCUGCCAGGGUCUCUGUUACCUGCACCCCCUCCCCCACCCCCUCUCCCAGGGUCUGCGCUACCUAUUCCUCCUCCCCCACCCCCUCUCCCGGGGUCAGUGCUGCCCACUCCUCCUCCCCCACCCCCUCUCCCAGGGUCUGCGCCGCUCCCUCCCCCUCCUCCUCCUCCCUUGCCUGGAUCCACGGCCCCUCCUCCCCCUCCCCCUCCCCCAGCACCAUCCUUCCCUCCGCCAGGCUGUGGUUUCCUCCCGCCGCCUCUUCCGGCCGGAAUUUUUGCACUGGGAAUGACUAAAGAUAAAUUGCCAAGGAAAGUUCCAGUUGAUCCAACUCGCCCAAUGAAGCCUCUCUAUUGGUCAAGAAUUCAGCUUAGUAACAAAAGGGAAACGGAAACCUUGCCAAUUUGGGCAGCACUCGAAGAGCCCUCCAUUAAUAUCCAGGAGCUGGAAAACUACUUUUCAAAAUCAGCUGUCAAGGAGAGGAAGAAGCCGAUUUUGGAUACCUACAGCAAAACAAAAACCAAACAGGUGGUGAAACUUCUGAGCAACAAAAGGUCACAAGCUGUUGGCAUUUUAAUGUCGAGUCUUCACUUGGAAAUGAAGGAUAUCCAGAAUGCUGUUCUGAACUUGGACAAUUCUGUGGUUGACCUGGAGACCCUUGAAGCCUUGUAUGAGAAUAGAGCACAGCAAGAAGAGUUGGAGAAAAUUGAAAAGCACAUCCAAAAGUCAUCUAAGGAUAAUGCCAAGCCCUUGGACAAGCCUGAGCAGUUUCUGUAUGAGCUGGCUCAAAUUGAAAAUUUCUCCGAACGAGUGUUUUGUAUCCUUUUCCAGUCCACUUUCCUGGAAAGUAUUGCUGCAAUUAACCGUAAGCUGGAAAUAAUGGAUAACUUAUGCAAGACACUCCAAACAAGUGCCAGUGUAAAGCAGGUGCUGGGUCUGAUUCUUGCUUUCGGAAACUAUAUGAAUGGUGGGAACAGAAGUCGUGGCCAAGCAGAUGGUUUUGGCUUAGAGAUCCUUCCAAAGCUCCGAGAUGUGAAGAGCAGUGAUAACAGCAUUAAUCUCCUGUUCUAUCUGGUUUCCUAUUAUUUGCGUAAUUUUGACAAGGAUGCAGGUACAGAACAAAGUGUCUUCCCCAUGCCAGAACCACAGGACUUGUUUCAAGCUUCCCAAAUGAAAUUUGAAGAUUUUGAAAAGGACCUCCGUAAACAGAAAAAGGAUUUGAAAGUUUGCGAGACAAAAAUGGAAACAGUCUGCCGUCUUUCACCAGAAGCACAUCUACAGCCUUUUAAAGACAAAAUGGAAGAAUUCAUUAAUCAAGCAAAGAUUGAUCAAGAGACUCAGGAAGCUUUCCUGUCGAGAACUCACAAAAGCUUCUUGGACACAGCAGCAUAUUUUAGCAUGAAGCCAAAGUCUGGAGAUAAAGAAGUCACUCCAAAUCACUUAUUUACCCUGUGGUAUGAGUUUUGCUCAGACUUCAAAGAUUACUGGAGAAAGGAAAGCAAAGUUAUUCUUAAGGAAAAGAUCAAAGAAGCAGAAGCACACGUACAUAGUCAAAAGAAAGAAAGGUCUUACUCUGUCAAGGAAAAAGUCAAAACUGGGAUGAAAGCAAAAGUGACCAUGAAAGACAAGCGCGUUAAUGAAACUUAUCCUUAGAAAUUAAAGAGUAGAUACGUAACAGCUUUCCCUUCAACUUUUCUGUUUGUACCCAUGUAACAGCACAUAUCAUACUCUUUUAUGUCCAUUACAUAGAGGAGAUGUUGUAACUUACAAUUUUAUUGAUGAUGUUCAGCCAUAUUACUGUACUACUCUUUACAUCUGUUAUUUAAAGGGCAUCUCAUUCACUGACUGCGUGCUCAAGAGAGAAGCAAAAUCUUCUGGGAAGUGUUUCAGAGUAAACUUCGGACCUGAGGGGAUGCUGGAAUUUUCAGGUCUUUAAUCAGUAGCUAAUGAGCUGAUGACUUGUUGAUGAGGACAACACAAUCAGUGAUUGAAGUUGUUUGAUCCUUCCACUGGUAAUGUGUAUUUUACAUAAAAUAUAUAUAUAUAUCUAUAUUCCAGAACAGAAUCGUUUGGACAAAUUCUGAAUUUUUGUCCAAAUGGGUAAACAUUAACAAUGCAUGAGAAAUAGAACAGUUAUUUUCUUAAAUAAUACUUUAUAACCCCUGACUUGCUGUACUCAACAAGGUAUGAGCAUGGGCAAAUUUCAUCAUGAAGGGAUAAUCAACUCAAUUAAAAGCUGCAAAUAUUUUGAAUUUGGUUAGGAUGAGCUGUGAAGGAGAUUACAGGUUGCCUGUGGUAGACAUUUCCUAAUAUUAAGGUGGAGCUUUGUCUGCUGGGGGUGUUUUUGGCACUGAAAUGCACUACUGUUCAGCUUUUACUAGGAUUAAGUUCUAAAGCUAUUAUAAUAACAUUUAUCUGUACACCUCAUAGUUUUUUGUGUUUUUAAUGUAAAUUUGGUGUCUUACUGCUGUUCAUAAGACAAGAUAUUAAAUUAUUUAAAUGUAGGUAUAUAACAGCAUGUCGACUUUAGAUUCUAUUGUGUCAGGAUAACUUAUAUUUGUAUAAUGCUGUAAGUUGACAAUAGUCUGUUAAAAUCGCCAAGUGCAAUACUGUAUUUAGUAUUUCUAUUUGGAGUUUCUUUCCACAACUGUUAAUUUAUAUAAAAUGUAC